CACAAACUAGAAAAACAAAGAGCAGUCGAUAAUAAUAUGGGUAUCUGUGGACUCGUUAGUUGUAUAUCGUCGACAUCUUUUGAGAUUCAACCUGUUGAUUUUGGUAAUGAAAAUGUUGUUCAUUAUGAUGAUAACAACAUUAAUGAGAACCAAUGUGUAAUUGGUUCUGUUUUUUCUCAACAAGGAAAUAAAGGAAUCAAUCAAGAUUCUGCUAUUCUCUAUCAGGGAUAUGGUGUAGAAAAUGGAGUUUUUGGUGGAGUUUUCGAUGGGCACGGGAAAAAUGGACAAGUAGUUAGUAAGUUUGUUAUGAAUAAGUUGCCGUCUUUGCUGCUGAAGUAUAUACUUUCUUUGCCAAAGAUUACUUCUCCGAAACAAAAUUUUGAACUUGUCGAUGAGGAAUCAGUGAAGAGUAAGAAUUUUAAUAAGUGGAAAGACGCGUAUUUGAGUUCCUUUAAGGUGAUGGAUAGAGAUAUUAAAAGUCUUGAGAAAUUGGAUUGUUCAUGUAGUGGAACAACUGCUGUCGUUGCUAUAAGACAGGAUGAUGAUUUGAUUAUCGCGAAUCUUGGUGAUUCUCGAGCUGUACUAGGAAGAAAGACAGAGGAGGGAGUAAUUGAGGCUGUUCAGUUAACUACUGAUUUGAAGCCUAGCCUGCCUUCUGAAGCAGAAAGAAUAAGGAACUGUGAUGGCAGAGUUCUUGCAUUGAAGGAAGAACCACAUAUACAAAGAGUGUGGUUACCACAUGAAGAUGUUCCUGGAUUGGCCAUGUCGCGAGCUUUUGGAGAUUUCAUGUUGAAAAACUAUGGCGUAAUCUCCAAGCCUGAUGUUUCUUAUCACCACAUUUCACCAAAUGACCAGUUUCUUGUUCUAGCAACUGAUGGGGUGUGGGAUGUGCUGAGCAACGAUCAAGUCGUUUCCAUAGUGUGUGCAGCAAAUAAUGCAGCAGCAGCGGCAGAGGCAGUAGUACAAGCUUCUUUAGAUGCAUGGGAACAGAAGUUUCCAAACAGCAAGAGAGACGACAGCACUGUCAUCUGCUUGUUCUUGCAAUAACAACGUGUGUUCUCCGAAAACUAAUACUUGAGCAAAUACUGGCUUUUCUUGCAAUCGCCGAAAUUAUGUCAGAUGUUUGAUGCACUUUUGAAUGCCAUUAUAAUUCGUACUAGUAUAUAUGGUCAAUCAAACUUAAUACAACAAAAUAUGAAGAUUCUAUCAAGAACUGUUGAUAGCUGGUUCUCUUGGAUGUAUGCAACUUUUAUUGCCAUAAGUAAAUGUGAGAUGUUUUCACUGUGUGAAAAUUUAAAAGAAAUUUUGAAGUCUAAGAAAAAUAAGUCAUAACCUA